CCUCCCCCCACUGGGCUGGGCUCUGACUGCAGUAGUGACUGCAAAUGCAGCGUGUCGUCCAUACUUUAUGCACAUCUUUGAGAAUAACCUGAUAACCAGCAAUCCUGAAAGUAUACGGCCGCAACGUGAUUUAAAAAGUGUCCAGUGUUUUCUGUGCUUCGUGUGAAACAGAUGGAAACAGACCCACACCGUAUAUAGAGAACAGCUGAUUCAGACGGUCCCUGUACGCUCUGUGUCAGUGCUGAAGGGGGAACCAAGGCCUCUUCGUAAAGAGGUCCCUUAAUUACAGCUGGUUUUCUUCCAUCAAGCUGCAGCCAAAAGGAGAAACUGAAGCAUGGACGUUGUGGGAGGGAUCUCGGCACGCAUACAGGCAGACAGACUGAAAGCUGAAGGCAUGGGGUCCAAGGAGGAGGCGGUCCACUUCCUCAACCAGGAUUACGAGGCCCUCAAGCAGGAGUGCCUGGAGACCGGCUGCCUGUUUGAGGACCCCUGCUUCCCCGCCGAGCCCCCGUCGCUGGGCUUCAAGGAGCUGGCCCCCCACUCCUCCAAAACCCGGGGGGUGGAGUGGCUGCGGCCCACGGAGCUGUCCGAGGAUCCUCAGUUCAUUCUCGGGGGAGCUACGAGGACCGACAUCUGCCAGGGGGCUCUGGGUGACUGCUGGCUCCUGGCUGCCAUAGCCUCCCUCACGCUGAACGAGCAGCUCCUCCACAGGGUGGUCCCUCACGGCCAGUCCUUCCAGGAGGACUACGCCGGAAUAUUCCACUUCCAGUUCUGGCAGUUCGGAGAUUGGGUGGACGUGGUCAUCGACGACCGGCUGCCGGCGAAGGACGGCGAGCUGCUGUUCGUCCACUCAGCCGAGGGAAACGAGUUCUGGAGCGCCCUGAUAGAGAAGGCCUACGCCAAGCUGAAUGGCUCGUACGAGGCCCUGUCCGGGGGCAGCACCACGGAGGGGUUCGAGGACUUCACGGGGGGCGUGUCAGAGAUGUACGAGCUGCGCAAGGCGCCUCAGGGCCUGUUCCGGAUCAUCGGCAAGGCCCUGGAGAGGGGCUCCCUGCUGGGCUGCUCUAUCGACAUCACCAGUGCCUUUGACAUGGAGUCUGUGACCUUCAAGAAGCUGGUGAAAGGCCACGCCUACUCUGUGACAGGGCUGAAGCAGGUGGAAUUUCGGGGUGACAUGGAGAGACUGAUCCGCAUCAGGAACCCGUGGGGUCAGGUGGAGUGGACCGGGGCCUGGAGCGAUAACUCUCCUGAGUGGGAUGAGAUCGACCCGGCCGACAGGGAGGACCUGCAUCUACAGAUGGAGGACGGGGAGUUUUGGAUGCCCUUCCAGGAGUUCCUGAAGCAGUUUUCCCGCCUGGAAAUCUGCAACCUGACCCCGGACGCACUCAGUGACGACAGCCUGAAUUUCUGGAACACCAUCAAGUUUCACGGGAUGUGGAGGAGGGGAAGCACGGCUGGGGGCUGCAGGAACCACCCCAACACGUUCUGGAUAAACCCGCAGUAUAAGAUCACCCUGCUGGAGGAGGACGACGACCCCGAGGACGACGAGGUGGCCUGCAGCUGCCUGGUGGCGCUCAUGCAGAAGGACCGCCGCAAAUACCGCCGCCAGGGCCAGGACAUGCACACCAUCGGCUUCGCCGUGUACGAGAUUCCAGAUGAGUACAAGGGCUGCCAGAACGUGCACCUGAAGAAGGACUUCUUCCUGAAGCACUCCUCGUGCGCGCGCUCCGACACCUUCAUCAACCUGCGGGAGGUGAGCGCGCGCCUGCGCCUCCCCCCGGGGGAGUACCUCGUCGUCCCCUCCACCUUCGAGCCCAGCAAGGAGGCCGACUUCGUCCUCAGGGUCUUCACCGAGAAGCAGUCCGAGACCGAAGAGCUGGACGAUGAAAUUUCAGCUUUCCUGGAAGAUGAGGAGGAACUCACAGAAGACGACAUCGACGACUCCUUCAAGGCCAUGUUUGCGCAGCUCGCUGGCGAGGACAUGGAGAUCUCCGUCCACGAGCUCAGGACCAUCCUCAACAGAGUGGUGUCCAAACACAAGGACUUGAAAACAGACGGCUUCAGCUUGGAGGCCUGCAGAACCAUGGUUAACCUCAUGGACAAAGAUGGCAGUGCCCGUCUUGGCCUGGUGGAAUUUCAGAUUCUUUGGAAUAAGAUCAGGAAGUGGCUGGGCGUCUUCCGACAGUUUGACCUGGACAAGUCAGGGAACAUGAGCUCCUAUGAGAUGCGCCUGGCGGUGGAGGCAGCAGGCUUUAAACUCAACAACAGAUUGAACCAGCUGCUGGUGGCCAGAUAUGCUGAAAAUGAGGCCAUCGACUUCGACAACUUCAUCUGCUGCCUGGUCAAACUAGAGGCCAUGUUCAGAUCUUUCCGGGAGCUUGACAGAGAGGGGCAGGGUGUGGCUGAAAUGAAUAUCAAUGAGUGGUUGUAUUUGACCAUGUGCGGCUGAGAAACACGCCCCCCUGCAGAGGAACACAGGGGCCGGGACGUCCCAGAAGUGCCUGUCCCCGACGCCCUCGCCCAUUUAGAUUCCCACCGCCUACGGUUCCGCACCGCGACUAACUAAAAGUCCACCUGCCUGCCUGUACCGGGAGAGGUUUGAGCACGCCAAGGCCUUACCAUUUAUUUUACUUUGUUUUGUGACCAGUCCUUCUAGAACACUCUACCAGUUUCUGCUCUCGUCUCUGCAAACCGCCUUCGAUAAAUAACACAGAUGUCUGUCAUAGUCCUGCCCAUUGUAACCCAUUAGCGAUAUCAGCUCUGGAAAUCAACUCCAACUCCAUUUGUGUUUGUAGAGUAAAUUGAAUCAGCCAUGAACGCCACCAGUAACUAUGCAACCAGGCACUUUAGUCUGAUCUUCCCUUCUGUGAUGAGGUCGUUCUCCGUUGUAGGGAACUCUUACUCUCUCUCAGUCUCAGUCAUGUUAGGAUACUAACAUAGGAAACUUUUGAAAGCUCAUCCACCUGUGUGUACAUUUAAAGGAUAAUUUUGUGCUAAUAAUCAUUAGCAUCAGUCCUGUAAUUUACUAGUAAGCAAGGAAAGUGCUUCCAUUGUUUCCCUAUUGUAUUUUCUAAAAUGAUCAUUUAGACUAGCCCGGGUAAACUGUGCCAGAUAGCUAUGUUAUCAGCUAGCAGGGCAAAACCACCUCGGUACUCAGCCGCUAGUUAUAAAAGAGAGUUAAAGAUUCUAUUGGCUGCAUGCUGUCAAUGUGGCAGAAACACUAACUCACUCACGUGAUUUUUAGUUUAUUACUAAGUAAGCUGGUUAGCUAAUGGCCUAGCUGACAUUAGCUUGCUACAGUCACUUUAUGUAGAGAAGGUGAAUGCUAUACCAAUUGCAUAGAAUCUGCAAGAAUGUUGACAUCAUCUUUCUUAACUCUGAUGCACCACUGUAUGCAAGGUUACAAGAAUGUAAUAGUUAUACAUAUGUAGUGCUUGUGGCAUUGUUAUACUAGGGUUGCCAGAUGCCCGGUUUUGGACUGGAAUGUCAAGUUUUUAAAAUGAUUUAUACAGGUCCACUUUGGAUUGAAUUUUUUCUGUCUCCACUGUUACACUUUGUCUGCCCCCC